AUGCGAGCCACUGCGCGGCUGUGGGCCGCGUCCUUCCGCGCUCAUGCGGCCGUCAAGCUUGCACAUCCCACUGCAGGCCGCCGCAGACUCGCUGCUGCUGCUGCACUUGGUGCCGGUGCCGCUGCAGCUGUGACCUCCACGCAGCAGCGCCCGGCUUUCUGCCUGUCAGCGAGUGUCCCGAAGGAGAAUAGCAAGGCGGAGGUGCUUUCCAGCCCCGGAAUUCACAUGCUCAUGACCGUCAUCCGUGACAAGCGGACCGAUCAGGCGGAGUAUGUGCGAACGGUGGAUAGGCUCAUGGCCAUUUUGGCCGAGGAGGGCAUUGCUAGGCUGCCCAGCGUGAAGCCACAGGUCAUAGAGACGCCUUGUGGCACCUACCAGGGUGUCACCUCCCCGGAUCCGCACACGAUCUGUGCCGUGGACAUCGUCCGCUCCGGGGGCAUCCUUCUAGAGGCGGUUCGACGCGUCCUACCGGAACUCAAGACUGCGAAGAUCUUGAUCCAACGAAAUGAGGAGACGGCCCUCCCGAUGCUCUACUACUCGAAGCUUCCGCCGAACAUCUCGAAGCUGCAAAUCAUACUUUGUGAUCCCAUGCUGGCUACCGGUGGAUCAGCGCUGAUGGCUAUCGAGGUCUUGAAGAAGGCGGGGGUGAAGGAGGAGAACAUCCUUUUCAUCAACGUCGUCUCUUGCCCCGAGGGCCUUAAAGCCUUGGCAGAGAAGGCUCCCCUGGUGCGCAUCCUCACCUGCGGCCUCGACACGCAUCUGAACCAGGCCAAAUUCAUCGUGCCUGGUCUCGGAGACUUCGGCGACCGGUACUACGGCACCUUUGGCUAUGCAGAAGGCUUGUGGGGCGCCGGGCGAUCCAGGAUUUGA